UUCUUUACUCAAUAAAGAGAGAAAAAGAAAAGAAAAUCUAAUAGCAUCCAUAUCUACCAUUCCAGAGCUUUCUCUUUAAAGUCAGAUGCAAUCAAGAUCCUUCAAGCUUAGCUGUUUAUCCAUUAGACCCUAUUGCCCAUACUUCCAUAACAUCUUUGUCAGUAUCCCACUCUCUCUCUACAUGUAUAUUAUAAUAUAUAUAUAGCCAUGUUCAGUUUAAAUCCAGCCAAGAAUAAUAAUAAUAAGAAGAAAAAACUGAUGAAGAUUAGUUGUGAUGUUUGCGACAAAGCAGAGGCUUCUAUUUUUUGUUCUGCAGAUGAAGCUGCUCUUUGCGAUGGCUGUGACCGCCAUGUUCACCAUGCAAAUAAGCUUGCCAGUAAACAUAUGCGCUUCUCUCUCGUUCGUCCUUCCUCUAAACAAUCUCCUCUUUGUGAUAUUUGUCAGGAAAGAAGAGCUUUCUUGUUUUGUCAAGAAGAUAGAGCGAUUCUUUGCAGAGAAUGUGACAUUCCAAUACAUGAAGCAAAUGAACAUACAAAAAAACAUAAUAGAUUUCUUCUAACAGGAGUUAAAAUCUCUACUUCUUGUUCUUUAUACCCAUCUCCUUCUUCUCCUGCUUCAGCCAAUAGCGGUUGUGAAACAAACAUGAAAAGCCCUCAAUGGCCAUAUCUGCGUAAUAAUAAUCACAGUCCAACCUUUUCUGGUGAAAUCUUUAGUCCUCCUACUGUUGAAAGAGCAUCAUCAACAUCAAUCCCUUAUAACAAUAACGUUGAUGAUAAUAUUUCAAUUUCAACAAGUAGUAUUUCUGAGUACUUAGAGACAAUUCCUGGAUGGCGCCUCGAUGAUUUUCUUGAUCCUUCAGUUGAAGCCGCCACAGACAGUUUUUCUAAGACUAAUUCUGACAGUGAUUCGGUUUCAACGGUAAUGACGAUGAAAAUUCAUCAAGAUCUUCAUCAAAGUCGUCAAAUGAGUUAUUUUUCACCAGAAGAUUAUAUCGGCUUUUGGGUACCAGAAGAACUAACUGUAGGACUAAAGGAGAGUAAAGAAGCAAAAAGUAAUGGAAUAGUUAACAGGAACUGGACAAUUGAGGAUAUUUUUACAGUUCCUGAAAUUGGCAGUAGACCUUUCAAGAAAUCAAGGCAAUAAGAUCCUGUAGAAGAAGAAGAAGAAGAACAUACCCACGUGUUCUUCAAUAUCUAUAGUCAACGCGCAACUAAGUGGAGUUUUUUUCAUUUCAUAUCAAAUGGUGUACUACUCACUGUCCCUUUUUUUCUUUUUGUUCAAAUUAUUGUUUUUUCUGUUAAUGAAAGGUGUUCUCCUUUUUUUAA